CUCCGUCACGUCAGGCUGGAUGUCAGCAGUAGCCCUCAGUAGUAGAAAUGGCAGCGCUGAGACAGGAGCAUCGUUAUGGACUCUCCUGUGGCAGAAUCAACAAAAACAGCCCCAAUCAGACGCUGUACCACGUCAAACUCACCGACACUGCCAUCCGCACCCUGGAAGCCUUCCAGAACCUCAAGGCAUCACUAUCAACUCAGCCUGCGAUCUGCUUCAAGGGGAGCCAGGGGUACAUAAAGAUCCCGGCACCGACUCCUGAAUCUCCAGAAGGAUUCCGGGUCUUCUCCUUCUACCUAUCCAGCGACAGCAAGGACAAGCCCCAGUCCAGCUUCGACUGCAUUCACCAGUAUGUCUCAGGGGAGGGCAGGGAUCACCUGGAGGGCCAGGGCAGCAUUCAGGACAAGAUCACAGUUUGUGCCACGGACGACUCCUACCAGACGACCAGGGAGCGCAUGUCUCAGGUGGAGAAGGACAUCUGGAGCCGCUCAGCAAUUGAGAUCAAGCCUGGGCCAAGUAAGUAUGUGAAGGUCCAGAGGAAGCAGGGUCUGGUAUCAGGCUUAGACAGCAGCAACAAGCACUCCCCCAGCAACAAGAGGAGCUUGGUUCCCAGUGCCGUUGCACACCGGCCCUUGAGGGAUCGCAUCAUUCACCUCCUGGCCUUAAAACCCUACAGGAAACCUGAGCUGCUACUGUGGUUGGAGAGGGAGCGGGCCAGUCCAAAGGACAAAAGUGACCUGACCUCAGUGCUGGAUGAGGUUGGUAAACAAAACCCUAAAGACCACAGUUACUCUCUGAAGGAUGAGCUCUACAAACACAUUCAGAGAGACUGGCCUGGAUAUCUCGAAGAAGAGAAGCAACUCAUCCAUAGGCUCCUGAUCAGGAAACUCCAGCCACUGCACAGUAGCCAGCUGAAGAGCCCCCAGUCCAACAGCUCAUUCCACAAAACUCUCGGGGACUCUCCUUCACAACUCAGUCCUGCCAAGAAUCUUUCCGUGAAACGCCCAUUUCCCUCUGACCCAUCCAGCUGUCAAACCCCCAAAAAACAAAGACUAUUUGACCAGUGUUUGCCUCUGCGGUCGCCCUCUCAUGGAGACUACGGCACCAACGGGGCUCGUAGCGCCUCUAGUCACGGAAACUCUGUACAGAUCAAAAUGGACUUCGACAAAACCAACAAUCAUCUCCAGGGGAGCCCAAAUGGUCUGUACUCGCCGCACAAACUCAGUGGGUCGUCUGUUAUUCCCAAACCGGAGAGGACUGAGCCAGCGCCUACUGCUCCCAGUCCCAAGCCCCCACACACUGACACCUCCAUUUGCACUGACCAACAGUUCACUAAUGGCCAACAUAAAAAGAAGAGGUCUAAAAAGCACAAAGACAAGGAACGAGAGCGCUUUAAACCAGAGUGGAUUGAAACCAGUCCAGACCUGAAGCAGAAACAAGAAAAUCUCAAAGAGCACGAGGGAGAGAAAACACCUGUCAAUCGAACCUCAGCAGAGGAGCUGCCUGACUAUUUAAUAAAAUACAGCACCAUUAAAGCACUGGAUCAGCGUCAACAGUACAAGGACGACUUCUGUGCGGAGUACGAUGAAUACAGAGCUCUUCAUGACCGGAUCGGGGCCAUCACAGAGAUGUUUGUUCAGUUGGGCUCAAAGAUCAACACUCUCUCCCCGGGGACACAAGAGUACAAGCUUAUGGAGGACCAAAUACUACAAAAGUACCGAAAGUAUAAAAAAAAGUUUCCUGGUUAUCGGGAAGAGAAGAAGCGAUGCGAGUACCUCCAUCAGAAAUUGUCGCAUAUCAAAGGCCUGAUCACAGAUUAUGACCGAGCACAGGAACUCUCCUAGUAACUGGCCUCUGCCCUCAGCAGGGCGUGAUAUUACUGGACCAAAAGACUCUUAAUGGACUCAAAGACUGUGCAGCUGGGUCCUGGAGUCACUGAGACACUUUUCACUUUACUCUUCCUGCUAAUGGAAUAGAGGAGCAAGGUUCUUUUUUCAAAAGUGGGCUUAGACCACCAACUCGUGAUCAGAUGUUGCCCUUAAACAUUACGGUUUUCAUCCCUGAUUAUGGCUGUCAUGGCUGGGUCUUGUUCUGCUGUAGAAUGGUGAGAUGACACAGUGAAAGCCAAAUCCAUUUUCCUGAAAUGCAAAACAGAUGUGUUACUUCCUGUCUAAUUGCAUUUUUAUUCUCUCCUUUAUCUUGUCAGAGCUAAAACAAAAGUGCUGACUUAGAUAUUGAAUUGAUGGUACAAUCAAUCUUAGAGGGAAACAAAUGCUCCUAAAGCCUUUGUAUAUUAAACAUACAGAGGAAUCUGUUUAUUUGCUGAUUGUUGACACAUUUGAUACAUCAUUAAUUAUUCAUUAGUUACAAUGCUGACAUUACGUAAUGGCACUAAUAUGGUCAUGCUAUAAACAGAAUCUCUUCUCAGACCACAUCCAAACGGACAAAAUUCAUUUAUUCAAAUUUUAUCUCAUGAAGGAAAGACCCACACAAAUAUGACUUCAGGAGUGAGAACAUACAAAGAUUUAUAUCAGUUUAUCAAUAACGUUAUCAGCAAAUGAAGAGUAAAGCUUAAUAUGCUGUUGUUUCAAGAUAUGCUACUUCAUACUUUCCCCCAGAGUUCGUGGCGAGGACCAGUUUCUCCAGGUUUUGGCCAUAAGAAGUUUUAAUUGUGGCUUUCUGCCUUCAUCCUGCUUGAUUUCUGAGAAAUACUGCAAUGCCACAAAACCACUCCACAAAGAACAGUCAGAUUCCCCCACAUGUAGCCUAAAGUACCACAAACUGCCUUUUCACUACGCAAUGAUAAAACAUCGUCAUCGUCCCACACAUCUCUCAGGUCUUCUGGUUACAGGUUCACUGACUCAGUAAAGCACAAACCUCCACCAAGGCCCAACAGUCCUCUUAAACUCAAACUGCACCAAAUUUCACACACUCUUUUUUUGUUUAUUCUUGCAAACAAACAGACGGGGGUGAAAACAUAACCUGUUUGGUGGAGGUAACGAAGCUGUAUGUGCACUUCAAACAAAUGAAUACAAGUUGCCCUAAGGCACUUAAGUUUUCACUUCACAUGCAGUUUUAAAUGCUUACAGGCUAAUGGUAAUUAACAUAGUCUGCAUGUUUACUACAAUUUACUAUGAUUUAUGUUUGGUUGAAUAACAUUGAUUGACUCCAGUGAGGGUUUACAUGUUAAUGUUGUUCUGCCGAAUGUGACAGAAAUGACUGUAAAAACAUUUGGACUGUCAUUUGUGUGAAGUGCAUGGACAGUGGUUUACGGGUUGGUCGCUCAGCUCAAACCACCGUGGUUUAUUUUAGACUUUUAAUUUUCACAGGUACAUUUGAAUUAACACCACCUUUAAUUUUUUAUCAGCUUCAAUAGCUGUUGCCUGAUAUAAGGAAUAGUGAUCAGAUAUCAGUGUUCUCUGGACAUUUGCGUCGAUGUAGCUGCUAAAUGGGAGAAUGAGAGCUAAUAUUUGCCUUAGCACGUAUGUCAGACAUUUCCAGAAUUUUUCCAGCUUUAUUCUGAAAUUCUCCACACAGUUCAAAGCAUUUCUGUAAAAACAAAAAAAAAGUUUUACUCUGAAGGAAAGUUUAGUUACUGGAUAGUUGUUGUGCAACAGUUGUCCAAUCCGUGUCGUAUUUGUUUUUUUGAUGUAGGUCUUAAAUCAUUCAUUGUAUUUAGCUUCAUUUGUCGUCUGUUGAAUCAUCAACUGUAAAAGGAAUUUAGUUCACUCGCUAAUCCCAUCAAGAACCACUCUGGACAGAAAGAACCGAUGCAGAAAUCAAGACACAAUACUACGCUUUGCUUUUCUUGGUUUCUCAAUGCAAACGCUAAUUGCCACAUAUUUAGCAGCUAAGUGUGCAUUUCUUCUUGUUGUAUUCUGGGAUGGGGGAAGGAUUUGAGACAAGCAGCGGUUGGUCUGUCUUGGCACAUAUAAAGAAUAUUUAUUAGCACUGACUAUUGCAAACAUUUUAGCUGUAAGAGGCCCACAUAGUGUUUAACAAGAGAAUUAAAUAUAAAAGCUAAGGUAAAUAACGGAUUCUUAUCAGUCCUGCACAUCCAUAGAGAUAUUUUCAUUGUCCUGCCUGUUUGAUGAUCUUCUCAGGACAGGACAGCUUGAACUUACUUGGUUUUUGUGUCUAUUUGAGAGUAUGUCUGAAAACACCAGUGUGUUUGUUCUGGUACGAAGGCUGGAUAUCAUUGAGUUAUGAAGGUACUAAAACCUUUCAAACUAACAGCAGAAUGAAAAAUGUCAAGAAAACACAAUGCAGACUUUAAGACCAUGAAUGUCAUGAUCAUUUACAGAACCAACUCAAUUUAAGGGCUGCCUGUUUACCACUAAAAUCAUAUUGAUUGAUUGCAGUCAAACUAAUUGCAUCAUGGGUAACACUCUGCGGGCAACAUAUCAGUCUGAUCAUAGUAUGAAUGAAGAUAAUCGAACCAUUCCUCUUGACGUGUUUUGGGGAAAAUGUAGCCUCCAUGAAAUGGGCUUCUCAAGUGCUGACUGUGAUGUUUUUUACUGUUGCUGGAGCUAACUACUGACGGUGCCUUUUUAUUCAGAAAGCAGAGUCACUCUGCCUUGAAAUAUGAUUGGUUUUCUGGGAAAAAACAAACUUGGGCCAGCGUAUUUACACAUGUGUAGCUUCACACUGUUGCCACCGUUCAAAGUGCUUUGUUCAUCAUUUUUAGAAGUUGUUAUCAAAUGCCUUGUUAAAUGUGUCAAGUAUGUUAGCUUUGACAUGAUGCAUCAAUACAUUUUACAUGUUUUCCAGGACACUAAUUAAAAUGCAUCUAAUGUCGAAUGUUAUUUGCACACAUGUACAUUUGGCCUUUUCUUGUGAUUUCAGCCCAGGAAACAGUUUCCACAUAUUUCAUUCAGAUGUGCUUAUUGUUGGUACUGGAAAAAAACAAUGCCUCCAUGGAAAUGUGAAAUCAAACGUUUUGUCAAUUAUAAAUCGCUCCAAUUGAUCCACCCAUAGAAGAACAAAUUUAUUUAUUGCUUUGUAUGCAUUUGUUCCUUUUCUUUGCAAAGUCUGUCUACUCUUUUCACUGCAAAACUCAAAAGUAAGGUGAAAGGGAAAUGGGAUAUAUUUUUGCAAUUGUGGAUGGUGGAUGCCUCUUAACAAAGUCAUCCUCUUGAAAAAAGCUUUCAGAAAAACUAAAUGUAUUAUUGUCUCAGUAAAAUUGGAAAUUAAAGCCUUUAUUUCCAUUUGAGUGUGGUGUCAUGUUUCCUGAAGAGGGCGGUGUUACUCCUUUUCUACACUGAACCUAAACGUUUUUCAAUGAUCCCUUCUUAAAACCUGUCAUUCACAUUCAUUAAAAACAAAUAUGCAGCACAGCUUUAUCACAUUUUGAUGUUUAUUUAAAAGUGCUUUCCAAACCUUUCAUUCAACAUGACAGUGAGUAUGUGCAGUCAUCUGAUCCGGAUGACACCAUUGCAUGUGAUAAAGGCACAUGUAAAACACAGCUUUGAGGUCUUGUGUGUAUAGCAAAGAUUUAAAAAAGUUCA